AAUUUUUUGGCCCCGAGAGUACCUCUCGUCCUCGAAAGACAAGCCUUGAGGCUACGGUGCUGUGGGCACAACACCACCUGAGCACCCCUUUCAGGCGUACCUUGGAUCUAAACAUCUAAACAACUAGAUUACUAUAGGCCGCUUUUCUAUGAAUGCCGCCUAUGAGACACACGGUGCUCCAUUGGAGGAGGGCCAAAUGGCUGUAAUGCCUCGUGCAUUACGGCUCUUGGACAUUUUGACGGUUUUCUUCGACGGUUGCCCUAACGCAAUUCUGGCAUCGGCAGCGCGAACUUGCAAAUUAUGGAGGAUCCCUCCCUGCUCUGCGAAGCCUGUGGCGAGAGCUCAAGACUCCGUUACCUCUCCUUCGGCUGCUGGGGAGGGUUGGGGAGAUUAACACCGUAAUCAGGUCCCUAUGUGAGUGUCUCGUGACACCACUGCUCAUGAGUGAGCAUAAACGGUAUCUACUUUGAUAUGCAGACCAUGAUCACCAGCAUGGAUCUUAGGGCACUACCAAGGCUCCAAUUUUAUGCAAAAUUUGUUCAAUCCAUUGUUGUCCAUACCGGGGUCCGAACCCACUGCAUUCAUCCUGGACUGAUCAGCGAGUUUACUCAGGCAGUACAGUUUUUGCAUUCGCCACUUUUUCCGCACCUCGUUUCUUUGGAUUGCGUCCUCUAUGGACCAGAUGCAACCAGGAGUUCCGGCGUUUGGCUUGUUACACGCCCUUCCAACAUCACACUAUCGAUCCUUGACUCUACCGAAGCCGUCUAUCUUCCAGUCAUCCGAUCGCUUUAUCAUCACGGUGCCUCCUUGACAUCCCUCAGUCUACACAUCGGCGAAACUUCAGGAUUUAGUGAAGCCUUCAAUGAUUGCUUUUCGAGCGUAUUGAAGCAGCUGGUUAACCUUGUUUGCUUGAGUGCAGACUGGAAAUUUCUUUUUACCCCAAUAGUAUGGACAUGCAUUGCCCAACUCCCUAGCUUAAGGGAAAUCAACUCACCAUUCCUCCAGAAGGGAUUCCGCCUCGACAUAUUCGGUUCUUCGGCUUGGGACGGUUUCGAACCCCCUACAUUGGAGACUCCAUUCCCCUCCCUUCACACUAUCGAGAUAGCGAUUCCGUCCCAGUUAGCAGUCAUUGUCCUAGGGUAUUAUCCCUUGGGUGGCGUGCGUUUUCUCAGGAUGCUACUGACAGACGAGGAUGAUCCGUCAACAGAGCAGUCGCUGGUCCAAAUAGUCACAAUGUGUACAGGCUUACAUGGAUUGCUCCUCGUCACCCCUGGUCUCAAGUUCCCUGUGCUGAAACUUCCACUAUCGCCUAAUCUCACCCAUUUGGUAGUCUGCACCGACGGCGUUGAGACGAUUAACAAUACUGAUUUGGUGAAUCUAUGCUCUAAGAUGCCCAACCUUGAAGUUUUGGGGUUGAUCCCGACAGAGGUUCAGAUACACCUCGAAGAUAAUAAUUAUCCUCCGGGUCUAACGCUGGAAGUGAUACGAUCGAUCGCGAACGUAUGCCCUCGUCUUGAGCGUGCUUCACUAUACAUCGAUACGGACGUCUCGGGCUCCCAAUUCUCCCUCGACGACCCUCCCCUUCCUUCGAAUCAUCCACUUUCCACACUAUGCUUUGCGCCGUCCCAAGUUCGGAAUCACUCCGAGGUGGCAAUGUAUCUGUGCGCUAUGUUCCAGGACGCCCAACGCACACCAACAAUAAUGGCACCAGCGUUUAAUUUCUAUGACCAUUUCAUCUGGGAUGGGCCACAUCACAACACUUUUCGGGAUUCUGAGGUGGAAUGGGGGCGCGUUGCGGAGCUUAUGCAUUCGCUUCGGAGGCGGGUCAUACCUUCGUUCCGGAGUCGAUUGGCACAGAAGGACGCAGAAUUGGAGGCGUUGCGGGAGAAACUACGAUCUUAUCUGCCGGGGGGGGGGUCUAAUGAAGGAAGUUCCUGGCGUUCCUUUAUUAGUGGUGUAAAUGGUGUCAAAAGCGCUGCGUCCGCGUUGGUCGAGUCGCGUCCAAG